GAGUCCAUAGCCAAUUGGAACCAUGCCUUGAGAGCUAAGGAUCGUCCGACACCCAAAAAUAAUUACAUAAUUGCAUUAGACAGCUACAAACAUCUUACCUGCACAAAAGUUGGGUGCCAUCAAUGCUCGCUUGAAGUUUACAUCACAUAUGUCCCAAAACUGACCAAACUUCCAGUCAAAGCGUUGCCAAGCUUUGUAUAAUCGAAACUAUCAGAAGAAGAGCAAAAUCUGGGAGGUAAAGAGCAAAAUGGAGAAGAGUGGGAGUGAUGAAAGGAGUAAUAGCAGUGCUAACGCAGAAUCAAGCGACCCAUUCGAGAAGGCUUCCGAGGCGGUCGAAGGCCUGUAUACAAUGAGAGACACAUUUUUUCCAAAGAAUCCCACAGAUAAGAAAAUUAGGAUCCACAGGGAUUCGAACCUCGCACUUUCCAUCGUCGAUUCAAUACUUCCGGAAAAGAGAAAACAAUCUUCAAGAAGAGCUGUUUAUGAAUACCUGAGAGGGAAAGUGCUAGAUGUUUCUCCUGAUUACCGCAAAGAAGCAGAAGACCACCUAUCAAAAGCUGUUAAAUUGGACCCUUCUCUUGCAGAUGCGUGGUUGUGCCUGGGUAAUUGUUUAUGGAAGAAAGGUGAUUUGUCUGGAGCAAAGAACUGCUUUAGUCUAGCUCUGAAGAAGGGUCCUAACAAAAAAAUUCUUCGUCAACUCUCAAUGUUGGAAAGGCGUCUAGCUCAAGGCACUGCUAAUGAGGUGGAUGUAGUGGAAGAAAGUAUUCAACAUGCAAAGAAAGCUGUCAUGUUAGAUGUGAAGGAUGGUCAAUCUUGGUAUGCUUUGGGCAAUGCUUACUUAUCAAGCUUUUUUAUUACGGGAUCAUGGGACCAAAACAAGCUUUUUCAAUCUCUUAAAGCUUAUCAGAAUGCUGAAAAGGAUGAGUUGGCAAACAACAACCCAGAUCUCUAUUAUAACAGUGCGAUGGCAAAUCGUUAUGUGGAAAACUAUGAAAGGGCUCUCAGUGGCUUUGAAGCUGCGAGCUUAAGAGAUCCUGGUUUGAAUGCUGAACAAGAGGUUCAAAAGCUGGUUAGACUUCUCACAAAGUUGGAAGAAUCUAGCAUCAACAAGGGGCAGAUGAAAUCAAAGAGACAUGCAUCACUUUUAUCUUCCUUGGGAAAUGAAAACAUUAAGCUAUCAUUAAAGCCGGUACCCAUGCAGUUCCUGCAUGAAGGCUUGAACAGGGGUUUGGCUGUGAUCGGUAGAGUGCUAUAUUUCAUACCACAUGACAAUGAAGUGCCACUAUACUAUGUAGUUUCUGAUGCUGAGGGAAGCUCUUUUAUCUUGUCUAUUUAUGGUUUGCGUGAUGGUGUGAUCAAAGAGAGUGACACGGUUACAUUAUUAGAGCCUUCCUAUCGUGACAUACAUGUUUGCUGGAAAGACAAGAAUCAUCAUUUCCAGGCAAUUCGUGUAGAUUUUAUGCAGCAAAUUCUUGUGAAUGGGCAUUCUCCAUCAGUUCAGGAUUCAGUUCGCUCAACAAUCCAUGCUCAGCACAUCCUACCAUGAUUUCAUAGUUGGUGCUACUUCACUUUAUACACCAUAACUUUAUGAUGCAUUUUUCCAUCAGAUUCAAACGGAUCAAAUUCAUAAUUGAUACAAGCAUCACUGUGGUGUUCAAUAUUCAAGCCUGACCAACCUUUUUGCCUAUUCUGUGGAAAAUCAUAAUGGUGGGUUCUUCUCUUGUCAGUUUUCUCCCAAUGGAAUGAACUUAAUUGUCUAGUCAGGGAAAUGUAACCUAGUCCUGUCAUUGAGUUCAAAGGCACUUCUGCCUAACUUGGUCGUGUGGACUUCUCAUUCAAGUGAAAUACUCCUCUGUUGUAUAAUAGUACUCAGUUUGUGUGAUGAAAAGCUUGAUAAUGUGAUUUUAAUGUAAUAGAGUACUAUGAGAAUUCUAUAUUGUUUUAAUGUGAAUUUUUCUUAUAGAAUUUGUAUCA